GCUGUUGCCAGUGACGCGGCCUGCAAAAGCUGCAUGUGUUGUAUGCACUUUCCAGCUCACGCUCUAGGCUUAGCGUUGCAAUCUGCAUUGCCACAUACCUGUUUCUGUAGCUUGUUUUGCUUUGCCCCUUGUCUCCUCUACAGGCAAAGCUUCAUGGCUUCCAAGCAGACCUGACCGAAGCACUGAAGGGAGACGGCUUUCGAGACAGCAGGUAACCGCUAUAUCUUGUUAGAUUGCUCCACUGCUUACUGGCAACCAUCGGCUCCAGCGGAUCAGUGGUGCAUACGAGUCUCUGGCAGCAGAUAAACCUUUUCACUUACAGCAUUAGGGAGUAGAUCUCAAAAUACGUUAAGGAAGAUUCUCGUUGAUUGACAGACACUUAAAAGACCUGAGCUAGUAGACAGGUGUGCACGCAGGAAGCGGUAGCCCUCGCUUUUCAGUGUCAUUUUACAGACACACAGCCAAAGGCAAGCUAAAGCUUACAGAAAGCAAGCGGUAUGGAUUCUGCACCGCCCCAAGCUGGGCCAGUUCAGCACGAGCCUGCUACUGAGGAAACAAAAGCUUCUGAACUUUCUUUGGCUGCGGCCGAGCCAGCAUUCAAGACCAGAGGGAGUGGCGAUAUAUUUGACUGGAAGGAGCGGGAGAGGCGGGAGGAUGGGACCUUUAGCUGGGGGGAGUCGUUGAGUGAAGAAGAUCUGGAGGGAUCCCCUCGGGGGCUUGCUCGCCCGAGCAGCAGCUCCUCAUCGCGAGACAGUGACGUCGGCAGUCGCUGCGCUUACGUCACCUUCUUGUGCGACGACUCCGAAUAUUGGAAGGGCGCGGUAGUGCUCGGAAAGAGCCUCCGAGCCACGGGGUGCCGAUACCCACUAAUCGUGGCGGUGAUGAAAGGGGUGUCGUCCAAAUUGCGUCAGCUGCUGGCGGAUCAGCAUGGAUGUAUUGUGCGAGAGAUCGAGGACGUCGCGCCUCCUCCAGGCGCCGAGAAAGUGGUUCGCCGGCCGUACUACCUGACGCAAUACACCAAGCUGCGCAUCUGGCAGUUCGACGACUUCGACAAGCUGACGUAUCUAGACUCGGACAUGCUGGUGCUGCAAAACUUGGACUACUUGUUUGAUAUGCUGCCGUCCGACCAGAUCAUGGGCGUCAAAAACUGCUUCUGCGUUGGUUGGAAGAACCACCCCCGGGUCUGCGGCACGGCCUACUGCCAAUUUGACCCGGUUAAGCACCCGUGGACAUUUCCGGAGGGGAAGCCCGAGCCGACCCCGUAUAUAAACGCCGGCUUCUUCGUGUUCGCCCCCAGCCGCGCGGUGUUCGCGCAGAUGCAGCACGCGCUCGCAGCAUUUCCGGCGAGCGAGCUGGCGGAACAAGACUUUCUCAAUGACUUCUGGGCGGGGCGGAUCCGCACCUUGCCGCCAGAGAACAAUCUCCUGCUCAACUUCCUCUUCAGCCAUCCGGAUCUUCUAGACCUCGACAACGCCGCGUUGAUUCAUUUUGCUGUGGCGGGCUCCAAGCCAUGGGCAUACGACCCCUCGAUGCCCGACAUGACGCAUCCUGACGUCGUCAGGUUUGUAAAGAUGUGGCAAAAGCUGUACGCAGAGGAUGAGUCUACGUACAAGCCAGCUGCCGGAGCAUAGUUAGAAGUUUAGUCAGCAAGAUUCCGUAAUGUUUUGCUGAACGUUUUCCAAGUUGGCAGAAAGCCUGCUACAGGCUGGAAAACGAGUUGCAUGCAUAUACUGCUGGGAGUACGUUGAAAGUACAGUAGUACUGUCAAUAUUCAAAUUGGCUGAGAUGACUGACCAUUGCAGAUCAAAUUAAUAGGUUGGACACUUCAUAGACGACAAUGCAGACACUCUUGGAAGUUAAGAACAAAAGUGACAAUGAUCAUAUGUUGAUUGUUGUGUAACUUGUUGAUGAUCGCCUCUCGAUUAGAGCUAGAAAAGUACAGGCUCUUGACGAGUUCUGGCGGCCCUGAUUUUUCCGAAUGGCCAUGUUUACAAAAUCGCCGUGCCUUUGGCGAUAAAUGGGAUACGUACCUAAUUGAAAGGAG